AUGGACCCAAGCAUUGAGGAAUUUAAGCGACGACAAGACCCUGUCAGGGUACCCAGAGGGACCGCUUCCCAACCAGUGCCUCGACCUGGUCCAGUCAAGUUCUACCUGCCUUUAAAUAUUGUGUUUUAUCUGUGCCUCGUUUCUCAUGCUAUAGCAGCUCUUUAUGCUCCUAUACAGGAUUGUGAUGAAACCUUCAAUUACUGGGAGCCCUUGCACUAUUUGAACCACGGCUAUGGCUUGCAGACCUGGGAGUACUCACCAAAAUUCAGUAUCCGAAGCUGGGCUUAUAUCUCUAUACAUGCCUUGCCCGCCAAAACCAUCGGAAUUUUCAGUCGGUCUAAAGCUUCAGAGUUCUACGGCCUGCGACUGAUUCUCGCUCUUGUCUGUGCUGCCACGGAAACGAGACUAUAUUCAGCCAUAUCCAGGGCUCUAAACCCUAGGGUUGGCAUCAUAUAUCUCUUCAUCGUUGCUUUCAGCCCCGGAUUCUUCUAUGCAUCUACUGCUUUCCUGCCAUCGAGUUUCGCCAUGUACACAUCUGCACUAGGGUUGACUUCCUUCAUGGACUGGCAUGGUGGAUCGAAGACUGCUAUUGGAAUUAUGUGGUUUGGAAUUGGUGCGUUAUUGGGGUGGCCUUUUGCUGGCGCUCUUAUCCUGCCAUUUGUCAUGGAGGAAUGGUUGAUAGCUGUGGUUGGCCAGGCGGACCUGUUCGACACAUUCAGGAGAUAUCUGGACGGCGUCGUACGCUGUCUGAUAGUGCUUGCUAUACAGGUUGGUAUUGAUGCAUUCUUUUUCCACAAGAUCGUGAUUGUACCAUGGCGCAUCGUGGCAUACAACGUGUUCGGAGGAAGCGACCGAGGACCGGAUAUCUUUGGCACCGAACCGUGGCAUUUCUACAUGCGCAAUCUGCUCCUAAAUUUCAACAUGUGGUUCAUUUUAGCAGUGGCCUCCGGACCAUUCUUCAUAUUCCAAGCGGUCAUCUUGAGACAGCAUACGAUCAAACCCACCCUGCUUCGUACCCUCACCUUUCUAACACCGUUCUAUCUCUGGCUGACGGUCUUCACCCUUCAGUCACACAAAGAGGAGAGAUUUAUGUAUCCAGCAUAUCCCUUCCUGGCACUAAACGCCGCAAUUGGUUUCCAUUCAUUCCUGACAUGGUUCGGCUCAAAGGACUCAGUUAUAUUUGGCAAGAUCCCUGCACGUCUCAAACUGGCAGCCAUCUUGCCACUGGUUUUGCUCUCACUCAACAUUGGGCUCUUCCGCAUCUUGGGGACAGUCACAGCAUAUCGCGCUCCUUUAGAGGUUUAUUCUGGUCUCAACUCGCCGAAUUUGUUGCAGACUGGAGAUAAUGUCUGCUUCGGAAAAGACUGGUACCGCUUCCCAUCGUCGCACCUCCUGCCUAACGGUACACACGCAAAAUUCGUCAAGAGCGAGUUUGACGGGCUCCUUCCCGGCGAGUAUCACGAAGGCAAGACUGGAUUUGGGUUUUUUCCUGGAACAUGGCUAAUUCCUCCCGGUAUGAACGAUCUCAAUCAAGAAGAUCCUGGAAAGUACAUCCAAGUCGAACACUGCACCUAUCUUGUUGAUACUUAUAUGCCUGGAAUGAAGCCGACCAAUUAUGAACCUUUAUAUACCCAAGAAACAGGGUGGGAAAGAGUUACUUGUUACCCGUUUCUAGAUACGGCCAAGACUUCACUGAUUGCGCGGAUCAUUUGGAUUCCUGAUCUGCCUAUCAUCCCUCCUCACUAUCGUCGGCACUGGGGCGAGCAUUGUUUGCUCAAACGAAGAGGCUCCAGGCAUCCGGAUAUUGUUUGA